AUGAAGUUAACAAGUUUCUGUCAGAUAAUCUUGUUCAUUAUGCUCUAUAGUUCAUCAACCUUUGUGACUUCUCAAGAUUCAUGCUCCUCUAAAUUGCAGCAACUUCAGCUUCCUAUCCCUUUCGAUACAAGUUCACUCCUCUGCAGUUCUGUUUGGCCUGCUCACAGUUUCAUCCUUAGAUAUGCUAAGGCUUCAUCAGAUGUGUGGAGCUUCAUAUUUUCAUUCCCAUUAGACCCAAAAGCUUAUGCAGCGAUAGGGUUCUCGAAAGAUGGAAGCAUGGUGGGUUCUAGUGCCAUUGUGGGGUGGAUGCCAUCUCCAGGUGCUGGGGGCAUGAAAUAUUACUAUCUGGGUGGAAAAUCAAAAGAUGAAGUGAUUAAAGACAGAAGUGAUCUUUAUAUUAUGAAUGCAUCAUUUGUUCCAGCAACUGGUUCACUUGGUUACUUGAUCUUCCAAUUGAAGACCACUCAACCUUCUUCCAAUCUCAUAUUUGCCAUUGGACCCAAUGGCCAGUUUCCUGAUUAUCCAAGCUAUGACUUGCCCAAACAUAUUGAUCAGACAUCAGUAACCAUUGAUUAUUCAAAAGUUUUUGGAACACAACGCCUUCAUGUUAAAAGCCAUGGAGUGCUGAAUAUCUUGGGAUGGGGCAUCCUAAUCAUAAUGGGAGCAAUAGUUGCUCGUUACUUCAGGGAAUGGGAUCCAUUUUGGUUUUAUUUUCACGCUUCAGUUCAAUUCUUGGGUUUUGUUCUUGGAGUAAUUGGUGUAAUUAGUGGUUUUGUGUUGAAUAAUCAACUCCAUGUUGACGUUACUCUUCACAAGGCUCUUGGAAUCAUCAUUUUCGUUCUAGCCUGCUUCCAGGUAAUGGCUUUGCUUGGUCGACCAAAGAAGGAAUCAAAAGUGAGAAAGUAUUGGAAUUUAUACCAUCAUAACAUGGGGAGAAUUUUGAUUAUACUAGCCGUGGCUAACAUUUUCUAUGGAAUCCAAUUAGGGAAGGAGGGAAGUGGAUGGAAUAUAGGUUAUGGUAUUGUGCUGGCCAUAUUACUUACAAUGGCACUUACUUUUGAGACACAACUCUGCAGUAAAGACUAAAUUUUUUUCCUUCAUACAUUUUAAUUUCUUUCACCACUGCCUUUUAUUUGCAACUUUACUUCCAUUUGUAACUUAUUUUUGUACCAAGAGAAUUUCUCAUCAAUUAAUUUUAUGUUUAACAUAUAUUUUAAUUAUGCAUGCCUCUUCCUCUUAAUGCCAAAGCUAGCUUCAACAAAUUGCUGUCAGUAGUCCAUUACAUUAUAUAAAAAUGAGAUUGUACAAAACUCUAUCGUUGAUAAAGUAAACAUACAUUAAUUAAAAAAUAUAUUUCCACCCCAACGUUUAAUAACUGGUGUUGUACUAAAUACUUUGAGAAGUUUACAAUUUUUUUAUA